AUGGCGACAACAACACAGACUGAGACAAGACAGGCCGAUGCCUUUGAGCUCCGUAAUUUGGAAAGCCCUGCAUUUUUGGCCAACGAUACGGAACCUCCGCAUUCGUCCAACAAGCCAACCAGGGCUGAGCUAUUGAAAAUCUUUAGUGCCGGGUUCUCGUUCUUCGUCGCUGGAGUGAACGAUGGAAGUAUAGGAGCUUUGAUUCCCCAUAUCAUCCGAGACUAUGAUGUCACAACGGCUAUCGUCUCAUCAGUGUAUGGUACAAACUUCAUGGGAUGGUUCUCUGGUGCCUUGUCCAAUACUCACCUUUGUCAGGUAUUUGACCUUGGGUCAAUGCUGACAAUUGGUGCCGUUCUCCAGGUUAUCGCUCACGCUCUUCGGUCAUGGAAACCACCAUUCGGGCUCUUUGCUGUGACCUUCUGGCUGGUUAGCUUAGGUCAGGCGUACCAAGAUACCCAUGGGAAUACUUUUGUCGCUGGAGUAAAAGAUUCUCAUAGAUGGCUUGCAUUCAUCCACGCCAUGUACAUGGCUGGGUGCUUGGUCGGACCUUUCGUCGCGACGGGUGUUGCUUCUGCUGGAAGCACCUCAAGAUGGUAUCUGUUUUACACCUUUCCACUCGGUAUAGGUGUCAUAAACGUAGUACUUGUUGUUUAUGCGUUCUGGGACACUCUUGGGAUGAAGAAGCAGCAGCCAACCGAGCGAACACUUGAGGCUGACCAGUUACCUGCCUCAAGGAAUGAGGAUGCUCUCUCGUUAAUGAAAGAAACUCUCAAGAACAAAAAUGUCUGGCUCAUCAGCCUAUUCUUCUUCUUCUUCCUUGGAGCCACUCUCACUGCGAGUGGAUGGGUGGUCGAGUAUUUGGUGGAUGUUCGUAACGGCGACAUCAAUCAAAUGGGAUUUGUACCGGCCGGGUUCAGUGGAGGAUCAUUGCUUGGAAGGUUAUUUCUCGCUGAACCAACGCAUCGCUUCGGGGUCCCGAACAUCAUCGCUGCAUCGAUCGCCAUCAGCCUCCUUGGUUUCUUCAUGGGACCGUACUUUGCAAGUGGCAUAUCCGUUGGCUCCAAGUCGUUCGACCCUCGUAUUAGAUCUACGGCUUUGGCGUUUGUGUUUGUGUUCGCUCAGCUUGGAGGCUGUUUGUUUCCAAUCAUUACUGGUCUGGUAGCGGCGAGUGCUGGUGUGAAGGUUCUGCAGCCUGUUCUUUGUGCCCUUCUGGUGGCCACAGCUGUUUCUUGGUUGUUCGUACCUAUGCCCAAAGAGAGCGAUAACCCAACACUACAUCGGGAGUAG